UUUGCACUUUUUGUUAUUUUAAUUUUGAAAAAUAAAAAUAAAAAAAUAAUAGCAAAGUUUCCACGCAAAAAAAGCAAAAAGAGCGCAAAUAACCGGAAUGUCGGUUGAUCGCCUCAACAUUUUCCCAUCCCGUGCCAAUCUCGUGUUGAUGAAGCAGCGCAUUGUGGCCGCCACACGUGGUCUCAAUCUGCUCAAGCGGAGACGCGACGCACUUGAAAUGAAACUCCGCGAAUUGGUCGGCGAACUGGACGCAGCCCGUGAGGUGGUGGACAAAGUGAUGUCCGAUGCCAUUUUCUCAAUGGCAAAAGCGAAUUUCCUGGACGCCGACAUGCGCGCCUGCGAACUGAUGCGAAUGGAGCGCGCGGAUAUUUAUAUGCGCAUAAGAAAUACCAAAGUGGCAGGCUUACUGCUGCCGCAGUUUCAUCUUUAUGUAGAAAAUCCAUCUAGUUGCCCCUUCACCGGCUUGUCACGUGGCGGUGAACAGGUAGAGGUCGUGCGCGAACGCUUUCAAGAUGCGGUGCGCACGCUCGUCACACUCGCGUCGCUGGAGUACUCAGUGCACACGCUGCAAGAUGGUGUGCGUCAAAACAAUAUGCGUGUCAAUGGCUUGGAAUAUGUGGUAUUGCCUCGUUUUCAAAAUACCGUUAACUAUAUACGCGACGAACUGGAGGAGUAUGAACGCGAAGACUUUUAUCGCUUGAAGCGUUCGCAGGCCAAGCAACGCAAGCGGAAAGAGAAAUUCGCCCAGAUGCUGAAGACAAAAAAUUUACCGGCAGCCGCAUUGACCGAACUUAGUGGCACUGGGUAUCAGUCGGUAUCGCCUGGGCAUCAACCGGUAUCGCGGAUAUCGUCAGUCGCCAUGAGAGAGGACUUUGACAUGAAUAAAUUUAUUACACAGCGACAAUCCACAAGUGAUCAAACCGACGGAGGUGCAGCUCGCGGUAGAGGCAGUAGUCGCGACAUCUCUGCAAUACUGGAGGCAAAUGAGGAGGAACAACAGGGAGCCGAACGAAAGGGUAGUGCUUUCUAUUCUGCACAAGACCAGUAACAAUGGUUGCAGGGCAUUUUACAAACUCUGUCAAUUUUCCUGACUACAAUGUUAAUCAUAUCUUUCAAAUAAAAUUUACUAACUAAAAACUUGGCUGGUUGUACCGACCUAACCGCUAGAUAACUCACGGUACUUAC